AUGGAUACGACAUUAACUGAAACUAUCCAAAAUAACAAUAAUAUUAAUAAAUCAAUAAAUAAUAAAAAAAAAUUAAAACAUCAAAAGAAAAAAGAACAAAAAAAGAAACAAAAACAACAAAAAAAAGAAGAGAAUAUAUUUCAACAAACUAAUAAUAAUAAUAUAAAAGAAGAAAUAAAACUUGAAAAUAAUGAUGAAAAUAAUGAUGAAAAUAAUAAUAAUAAUGAUGAUGAUAAAAUAACAGCACCAAUUGAUGGAUUUUCAAUUGAUGAGAAUGAUCCAUCAUUUGAAUUAUUUUCGAAAUUAGUUAAACAUUUUGAUAACCCAUAUGAAGAUCCAAAAGAGAUUGAGAGAAAAGAACAAGAAGAACAAGAAGAAAAAGAAAGAAAAGAAAGAGAGGAAGAAGAAGAAAGAAAGAAAAAAGAAGAUAAUGAAGACGAUGAUGAUGAUAAUAACGAUGAUGAUGAUAAUAAUAAUGAUAAUGAAGACGAGGAUUCAAAGAAAUUAUCAAAUAAAGAGAGAAAAAGACAAAGAAAAUUACAUUUACCAAUUUUAAAACAGUUAGUUGAUAGACCUGAUGUUGUAGAGUUACAUGAUGUAAAUUCACCAAAUCCUGGCUAUUUGAUCGCAAUGAAGUCCUAUAGAAAUACAAUACCUGUGCCAGCACAUUGGUGUCAAAAAAAGAAAUACCUUCAAGGUAAGAGAGGUUUCGUUAAACCACCAUUCGAAUUACCAUCAUUCAUCGCAGCGACAGGUAUCACUAAGAUUAGGGAGGCAAUAUUGGAGAAAGAGAAAGAGAUGAAAUCAAAACAAAAACAACGUGAAAGAGUUCAACCAAAAAUUAGAAAGAUGGGUAUAGAUUAUGAAGUUUUACGUGACGCUUUCUUUGUUCAUCAAACUAAACCAAAUCUAUCCAUUCAAGGUGACCUCUACUAUGAAGGUAAGGAAUUCGAGGUUAACCUAAAGAACAAGAAGCCUGGUGUUUUAUCCGACGAAUUAAAGCGUGCACUUGGCAUGAUUGAGGGUUACCCACCACCAUGGUUGAUUUAUAUGCAAACUUAUGGUCCACCACCAUCUUAUCCAAAUUUGAAAAUACCCGGUGUUAACUCACCAAUUCCAGAGGGUGCUCAGUAUGGUUUUCAUCCUGGUGGUUGGGGUAGACCAGUUUUAAAUGAAUUUGGUAAACCACUUUAUGAAAAUGUAAAUAAUAAUAAUAAUAAUAUAAAUAAUAACGGAGAUCAACAACAGCAGCAACAACAAUCACAUCCAACUAGAGAAUAUUGGGGUGAAUUAUUACCAGAAUCUGAAGAUUUUCAAGAAGAAGAGGAACAACAAGAACAACAAGGUACUGAAGAAGAUGAAUUACAACAACACCAACUUGAAGAUGAUGAAUCGAUUGGUGAUGGUAUUUCAAGUGUACCAAGUGGUUUGGAAACUCCUGAUAUUGUUAAUAUUAAAAAAUCAAGAUAUGACCAACAACAACAGCAACAACAGCAACAACCAAGAGAAUUAUAUCAAGUUAUUGAACAACAAAAUAAAAACUCAUCUUCUGGUGGUUUAAUGGAAUCAGCUCAUCGUUAUAAUAUACCAUCAGUAAUUAAACAACAACAGCAACAACAACAACAACAAAAUUCAUCUAGAGUAGAUGUAAUUAAAUCUCAACGUUCUGCACCUGUAGAAAUUACAUUAAAUCCAUCAGAGGUUGAAAAUGGUCAAGAAAUUGAUGAAGAACUUUUGAAAAAGAAAUAUGAACAAGCAACACAAGCAUUACAGAAACAAAGACCAAAAGAAGACAUUAGUGACAUCAUCGAAGAACAAAAUAAAAAAAGAAAAAAUCAAUUACAAAAAGAAGAAAAACAAAAGAAAUUCAAAUUUUAA